CUCUCUCUCUCUCUCUCUCUCUCUCUCUCUCUCUCUCUCUCUCUCUCUCUCUCUCUCUCUCUCUCUCGUGCUAGCAACCUUCGACAAGACUCGCUCGCAGGUGUCACGGCGUCUCCUCGCAAUGAUCCCGACUCGCGCAGCUGCAAGGGCAACUGCAGGCUUGCCAUCAUCCACCCUUGCCAUCAGCUCAUUCGCCUUGGCGCAAUCCCCACCAAUCAACAAAGUCAUCUUCAGGUCCGAGCCCAAAAGUGUCGAGCCCUCGCCGCCAUCGACGCUGCUGGACAGACGAUCGAUCAGCAUGUCUGCAUUCUCUGAUCCCUCCUUUGAUUUCAGGCGAUACUUUGAAGCCAGACCGCGUCACUCUAGCGAGAUAUACUCUCGCGUGUUGCAGUACCACCAAGGCGCACACGGCACUCUGCUCGACCUCGGUUGCGGACCUGGCAUUUCCUUCUUCCCUCUUGCGGGUCACUUUGAGCGCAGCAUAGGCACCGAUCCAUCGCAAGGCAUGUUGGAUCAAGGUCCAGCGGCAUGGGAGCAGUACAAGUCCAGCAAUCCCAGCCAAGCCAGCAGCCUCUCAUCGGCCAAGGUUCAAUUUGUGCAGUCAUCCGCCGAAGAUCUCGGCAUGUUGCCCGACCAGAGCGUGGAUCUCAUCACCGCGGCCACCGCAGCCCAUUGGUUCGCAUAUCCUCAAAUAUGGAAGGAAUUGGGUCGAGUACUCAAGCCCAACGGCACCGUCGCUUUUUGGACGUACGGCACCAAUUAUCUGCCUCAGCAUCCCGAUCUGUGGCCCAUGAUGAAGGAGUUCAUGAGCUCCUAUGCAGACUUUCUCGGUCCCUACUGGCCCCAGCCUGGCAGGCGUCUGCUGGAAAACCUUUACGUGGAUAUACCUUUUCCGGAGGAUGAGAGCGUGUGGGAUACGAGCAGUGCUGAACGUCGUAUGCACAGCCUAUCCGCGCCAGGCGUGCCUCAGAUCCGAUCUCCCGAGCUAGAUUUCAGCAUGAGCCAACCCAUGUCAUUCUCCUCUCUCAACUCUUACUUUCACACAUCCAGCGCCAGCUCGCGCUACAAGGCUCAGCAUCCCUCUUCGUCCGUGGCCGGACAAGACGAAGCAGCAGCAGCAGACAUGAUCGACUUGCACGUGCAAAAGUUGCGCGAGGCGGUCCUGCGACAAAGAGCACAAGGCAUGGGAACGCAAGAAGGAUUGGACGACGAUCAUGUUCGCGUCGCUUGGCCUUUGGGACUCAUGAUGAUCCGCAAGCUCAAGCAGUCUUGAUCCCAACCUCGCGCCGUCAUUCUGGACCCCCGCUCGCUCGCUCGCUCGCUCGCUUUCAAAAGGGACAGCCCUUUUCGUGUCCCCUCGCAGGCACGAGACACGCCGCGCGCCCCCCAUCUUGAUGAGGUACUGGGAUGGUGAGAAGUAUCAAGCAUGCCUUGUGUCUGCCCACACCCUAUUCCUCGCCAUCCCACCGCCCCACACUGUCUCGCACUCGCCCCAAAAGCGCUUCGGAACAUCCUCACCUCUGCUUACUCCCCACCC